CAUAAGUGUGUCAUAUGUGGUGGCAAUCCAUUGGUGGAUGAUUUGGUGUCAGGUAUUUGUCUUUCUGGCGCUCAUUGAGUACGCGAUGGCCAUAUCGUGGGCUCAUUUCAUCAACGAGAAGAAGGCCUUACAAGCGAAUAAUAACAACAACACAAACAACGCUUUUGAUAUGACUAAACUUCGGGGCCAUUACUUCGGUAACAAGAAUUGGUUCAAGAGAUCCGGUAAAGUGAUUGAGAGGAUACUGAUCUUCUUCUACGGUGAGGUCGACUAUUGGAAAGACCCGCUCUCGAGGAAUAAAGUGGAUUAUUGCUCAAGAAUUCUGUUCCCAUUCCUGUGGAUCAUAUUUACCCUGUUGUAUAUAUUUGCGGCCAUAUGUCCCUGGGCUGUCAAUUAUAACGAUUAGUUCUACCAAUACUACUACUUCACC